CUAAAUUUACUGUCGUCUAAAUAUUAAAAGAAUCACAACACUUUUACAGACGUUAUCAGAAUAUAUAUUGUGAAAACUCGAAAUGUUGCUGCUGCUGGUAAACCGAAUGUCCGUUCAAAUGGACUAUUUUCCCGAAAACAUUUCCUUGUGUGUCAUCAAAAUCGAAAUCGAUUUGGAGCCAGACGCAGAACAAGAAGGCGCCGUAUCAGCAGAGCAUCCAACCAAUCCACGGGUCCAAAAGGAGCGCGAGCGGGACCGUGGACUGCGACAGUCCCGCGACAUCAUCAUCGAAACGUACACGAAUCAGCGUUGGACAAAGGAACUGUGCGAAAGCGAAGAAGAGUUUGAGGGCGACGACACAAGGAAGAUGAACUGGUCCGCCGCACUGCAGCAUGUGAACAGCCCCACGGCUGGGAGUUCGCGCGAGACGACACCACGUAGCGGCGAUGAGUCACAGCCUGGUGGCGUGCAGGCAAACUCGAACUUUCCACUGGAGAUUGGCUACUUUUCGGGCAAUCCGAUUGUGGAAGUGACCAAGGGACUCAUCCAUCUAUACAAGAAGAAUGAACGAAAGGCCACCAAGGAGGCCCCAUCCAAUCAACUCUGCCUGCUGGCCGUGCCAGCCACUCUCAACUGCCAUGAUUUGCUGAAUUUUAUAGCACCCUGCCAUGCGGAGAUCAAGCAUGUCCAGAUCGUACGCGAUGGCAGUCCCAAUCAGUUUAUGGUGCUCCUAGAAUUUCGCUCGAAUGAAUCGGCCCUGGAGUUUUACAAGUCCUACAAUGGCAUUGCGUACAACUCAUUGGAGCCGGACUCCUUGUGCCAUGCCGUUUGGGUCUCUGCCGUGGAGCGUAGCGAGCACGGACUGCCGCCCGUGGGGCACACCGAGCUGCCCACCUGCCCUGUGUGCUUGGAGCGCAUGGACGAGAGCGUGGAUGGGGUUCUCACCAUUCUCUGUAAUCAUGCCUUUCAUGCCAGCUGCCUGAUGAAGUGGGGCGACUCCACCUGCCCCGUCUGCCGGCAUGUGCAGACCCCAGAGCUGAUGGAGGACUCCGUUUGCAUGGAGUGCGAGGGAACCGAUUCACUGUGGAUUUGCCUGAUCUGCGGCCAUGUGGGCUGCGGUCGGUAUCAGGGAGGCCACGCUGCCGCCCACUACAGGGCCACCAAUCACACCUUUGCCAUGCAGCUGGGAACCUCCAGUGUGUGGGACUACGCAGGCGAUAAUUUCGUCCACCGUCUGUUCCAGAACAAGUCCGACGGCAAGCUGGUGGCCUCGCAGACCGAAAAGGAUGAGCGCGAGGAGAAGAUUGACUCGAUGCAGAUGGAGUUUACCUAUUUGCUGACCUCGCAGCUGGACACACAGCGCAAGUACUACGAGGAGCGAAUGGAGCGCCUCGAAGAGGAGUGGCAGAACUUUAAGGUGAAUGCCAGCGAGGCCAAGUCGGAGGUGACUGAUCUGCUGCAGGUGCAGCAAACCAUGCAAAAGGAGAAACAGAAUCUAGAGCGUAAACUGGCGCAGCAUACCAGCAAACUAAAGGAUGUCCAGAAGCAGCUAAACGAGGAGCGUGAGCUAUCGAAGGCCCUGCAGGACAAUCAAAGCUCCUGGCUGGUCAAAUACAAGGCCCUGGAGCAGCAGUACACGGAAUUCAAAGCCAAACACGAUGCAGAAGUCACCGAUCUAAAGGAGCAGCUGCGCGAUGUCAUGUUCUUUCUGGACACCCAAGGCAAGAUGGCCAAUUCGGAGCUGGCCGGUGCCUCAAUCACGGGCGUCGGCGAAAAGGAGCCCGAGCCGGGCACGCGUCGCAACCAUCGUCGCAAGAAAUAGACUUUAAUCCGUGAAUAAAGCUGAGCAGCUUGGAUGUAUCUUGAUGUAUUUAAAAUGUAAUGUUUAAUCCCCCCACCCCCACCCACGCUGAAGGCUGCCCCUUCCCCCCUGCAUAAAAAACAGCUCUAAAUGUGAUUUCCUUUGUGGAAGCAAAGCGAUAAAAAGUAAGAGAGAAUUUCCAAAUUGUAUUUCAUGGUGUUUUUUCGUGUGAAUUAAAACAG